AUAAACUUUACGUAGAAAUUCUUCAGGCUAUAAAACCUUAUAUCAAUAAUAUUAACAUCCUUACCUCUCUAAAUCUUUAUAGAAUUACAAAAUUCCUCAAUCUUCAGACUAUAUACUUGACCUGUUAUAUCAGAAUACUAUAUCAAUUCGGAAUUGUUUCUACCGACUCUAUAAUGGAAGCUCAGCGCCAGGAUCUUAUUCAACUCGCAGCUGCCCUGAGAAAAGGCACCCAGGCAGGCACUGGAAAUCUCGAAAAGCCCCAAGGAAGAGAAACGGCCUUUACAGAUGGAUUCAUAGCUGGCCUGAAGAAAGAGCUAGAGCCAAAAGCAAACUGCAUAAAUUAUAAUUUUAAAGUAAACGUUGUGAAAAGCGACGCUGAGGGGGCUAUAGGUAGUGAUCUAACCAUAUCUUGGAACAGGGAAGGCCAGGCGUAUUGCCUUUACCUGCAGGUUAAAUACCUUUACCAUGAUUACGAUCACUACGCCAACUCGACUCAGACCGGAAGCAAGGAGCUCAAAGAGUACUGGAAAGGUUGCGCUCCCUGGUUUAAUGCUGCAUAUAUGUCUAAAGCCAAGGAUACGAUGGGAACUUAUCAGGCUCUGGCAAUGCAGGACUUCGUUAACACCGACCUGAAGGCGACGCCACCCUGUAUCUCCAAAGCCGUCUUUUUCCUUUUCGGAGAUAAGGAUAGUGGGAAUACAAGUCCCUGCAUCGUUGACGUCCAAACCAUUGCAGCCAAAUGCGGCGCAGAGAACCCACGCGCACUGAAGCGAGAACAUCUGAGGGAUCUCACCCCUCAGCAGUUACAAGCAAUCUAUGAAGCCAAGGUACCAAUUCUGAAAAACCUGUUUUCCGCAAAUGACCCAUUGUUGGACUUUCUUCGAGCUUAGCCUUUGGCUCGCAGCACGAAAGAGCUGUAUCUUUGGGUUAUACUUGAGGAAGUAAAGGAUGCAUAGUCACCGGGUAUGCCAUCAGGCAGAGGCUGUGAUGCAAAACAGUAAACUUGCUAGUUAGGUGCCUUGAAGCUAGUACGAAUUCAAACUACGACUGACCUAAUUAUAAGCUCUAAGUUGAGUUCUAGGACUUGUUAUACAAAAUACCUUCCACGCACUGUAACUCUUUCAUGUAACCUUUGGCAAAUAGACUAUUGUAUCGUAAUAACCAAUUGAGAAAAGGCGUAUCAAGGCACUC